AUGGGUUCUGUUGCAUCGGGUCCGUUGGCUCCUGCUGAUGUAGGGGCGUUAAACCCUGCAUGCAGGGAGCGGUUAAUAGAGCAGCAGGGGUUAGCAGCAGCAGCAGCAGCAGCAGCAGAAGGCGGAUCAGCUGCUUCUUCCUUAGCUGUGCAGCAGCUGCUAGGAUUAGGAGAAGGCACCGGAAGAGCAGCGUUUUAUGCCUUCUUUGCGGGUAGUCGCUGGGCUGCUGCGCUGCAGCAGCAGCAGCAGCAGCAGCAGCCGGAGUCUGCAGGAGCAGGAGGAGGAGGAACAACAGCAGCGCAGCAGGAGCUCUUGCAGCGGGAGCAAGAGGCACUGCAACAACUAGCUAGGCAGCAGCAAGAAGAAGAAGAGCUAGAAGCAUUAUGCGCAGCAGCAGCAGCAGCAGCAAUAGAUUCCCCCGGAGGUGCAUCCGUAGUAGCAGCAGCACAUGCAGCUGCAACACAUGCAGCAGCAGUAGCAGCAGCAGCACCUCGCCGCAUCUGCCCGGGGUGUCAGCAGCAGCAGCAAGUGCUGCAGGUGGCAGCUGCAACUGCAGCACUAGUAGAGGAGGGGCCCCACGGCAGUGAGGCCCCUAAUGUAUUAUGCUAUGUUAGUGAGGGCCUUCCUAGCAGCAGCAGCGGCAGUAUCGAGGUCCUGGAUACCCCGCAGCAGCAGCAGCAGCAGCCGCACUGCAGCAGCAAUAGCAACAGCAGCAGCGUCGCGCACACUCCUGUAGGUCUCAGCAGGAGCGGCAGCAAGACAUCCUUAGCGACUUGCAGCAGCGCAGCGACAGAGGGAGAAGAACAUGAUUUGCCGCUGCUGAAGCUGCUGCAGCAGCUGCAGGAAAAGCACCAGGCUUCUUUGCCGCUGCAGGGAUUAGUAUUAUAUGAGCAGCAGCGGCAGCAAAAGAAAGGAGACGCAGCAGCAGUGCUGCGGCUACGCAGCAGGAAGCAGCAACAGAAGCUGCUGAGGAAAAACCUGCUGCACCAGCACUGCAUGCGCAGGGUCUUUACCUCCCUACAGCAGCUGCGCCGUUGCUCUCCGCAGCAGCAGCACCAACAGCAGCAGCAACGACAGCAGCAGGAGCAUCAGCAGCAGCAACAACAACAGAUGCGGGAGCCUUCCCCUCCCCCUGCUAUGGUGCGAAUGGAAACGGAGAGGUUAAGCGUUGACGAAAUGCACUUUGACUUUCUAGCUGCGAAGCCCGUCCCACAGCAGCAGCAGCAGCAGGAACAUAGCAGCAGCAGCAGCAGCAACAGCAGCAGGAGCAGCAGCUACAUAAGAGGAUCGACCUUUCAUAGGACAGCACAGUCUUGGGUACCGCAUGCGGCUGCUGCUGUCGGUGCAGUAAGACACAAGCACCGCACGGGGACUAUAGAGCAGCAGCAUCAACAACAGCAGCAGCAGCAGCAUGGGGAAGCUGUUGUGACUUGGUGGACCGAUAUCCAAAGAACGUUCUCCAGUAUAUUUACCCCGGGUCAGGAAGGUCCUGGUGCUGCUGCUGCAGCAACAGCAGCAACAGCAGCAGCAGCAGGAAGCAGCGAAGAGUACCAGCUGCAGCAGACGUCAGUAGCAGGGUUUUCUGCUAUCGGUGGAUCUUCAGCCUCAGAAGCAACAGCAGCACCAACAGCAGCAACAGCAUCAUCAUCAUCAACAGUAGAAGCAACAGAACCAGGAUCAGCAGCAGCAGCAGCAGCAGCAGCAGCAGGAUUAUAUCGUUAUCCGUUAGGUUUUUCUUUCUCUCCUGCUGGGGCUUCUGCUGGUGCGUUAGCCGCAGUAUUAGGAGGUCUUCGUCUUCGCUUCUCCUUUGCCAUUGCUUCCUUAGCGAGAAUGGCUGCAGACCUGCGAGCUGCAGGGACUGCUCACCGUUUAGCUUCUGUAUUGAAGCGGGAGCUGCGAUCUGUGCUGCCAGCUACAGCAGCAGAAAUCCUUCGCGAUAGACCAGCACCAGUUACAAUCACAUACACCACAGUGUUUCCUUAUUUAGAGGGUCAAUUUGUAUCUUAUUUUACCUCCUUAAAUGAUUUAAUGGAGUGUCUUCUUGCUAGUUGUAAUAUUCCUUUCUAUUUAUCUCCUUGGCCAACAAUCACUUGUCGCGGUCGACAGGCAGUCGAUGGAUUCUUCGCCACCAAACAUAAACAUUUCGGCUGCCCUGAUACAGGAGCUAUCAGGGAUGUUAAGGUGGUUCCUUUUUCUGCUGCUACUGUUCGGGUGUCUGCUAGACCUGGUUGCUGCAUUAACCCUGAUCUGCAACAGCAAGAUGCAGCAAUACUUUCUUUCUUGUGGGCUAAACAUAGAUUAAGAGUACGUGCUGCUGCGGCUGCUGCUGCUGCUGCUGCUCGUCGUGCUGCAAAGGAAGGUGAAGAUGAUGCUGUCGCUGCCGACGAGAGAACCCCCGAGGAAACGCCUUGUACAUGCACAGCGGUUGCUGCGGCGGCGGCGGCUGCUGCUGCCGCCGCCGCCGCGCCUUCUACAGAUGCUCAGCAGCAGCUUAAAACACAAGCAACAGUUGCUACUGCCGGCAGCAGUGGCAGCAGCAACAGCAGCGGCAGCAGCCGGGGUGCAAGUUCGUGGCUCUUGCUGCGGCCUUCGGCCACUGCAGCGCAUCACCAGAGGCAACAACAGCAAGCUGCAGCAGCAACUGCUGCUGCUGCCGCUGCUGCUGCCUCCUGCCCCCGCUGCUGCCCCUUGGGUUUAGUGUGUCCGCCGCAACAACUAACUUAUUAUUACUGCAAUCCAAGCAGCAGCAACCGCUCCUUCUCGGGUCAUGUUGCUGUAGCUGGCAGCUCAUGUCUUCCUGGUGUAUGCAGCAACAGCAGCAGCAACAACAACGACGGCAGCAGCAGCGGCUGCUCCUGCGGCUGUGCUAGUUUGCUGCAGUUAAAGAGUAGCACCCAAGAGCUGCUGCAGAUGGCUUUAGAACCAGCACCACAAAAAGCUAUGGAAGAACUCUUCGAUCUAGGCAGAGCAGAUGCAUUCAGGUGGGUGGUGCUGGAGUACAUGCGCUGCGAGGAAACCCUAUACAAGAGAGCAGGUGCUGCUGCUGCCGCUGCCGCCGCCGCAGCAGCAGCAGCAGUAGCAGCAAAGGGCUAUCCUGUUUCCCCGCAUUCGCAGAUUGCGGGUGCUGCUGGGCCAGCAGCAGCAGCAGCCACAGCAGCAGUUGCAGCAGCCAAAGCAGCAGCAGGACUAGCAACAACGGCAGCCUCAGCAGUGGAAGCAGAAUCACCAACAGCAGCAGCAGCAGAGUUCAUAGCAAAGGAAGCUCCAGCCGUCGGCAGCAACAGAGGCGAGGGCGCUGGUGCUGCAGCAACCGCCAGUGGGUCCAGGAUGCAGCAGCCGCAGCAGCAGCAGCAGGUAGGAGGGCAGGAGCAGCAACAGAAGCAGAAGCAAACGCAGCAGCAGCAGCAGCAAGAGGCGUAUAGGGUGUAUAUGGAGCAGUUUGUUCGUAACGUUGACCUUGGCGUAGAGUUUUGCCAUAUCUACAGCCACGCACAUCACUGGCAGCAGCAGCAGCAGCAGCAGGAUUGUGAACAAGCUAGCCAGGAAGCACAGCUGGAGCAGCAACAUGAAAGCCAACAGCUACAGCAACAGCAGCAGCAGCAGCGGCAAAGAGGUGACGAGGUGCCAGAGCUGCAGCAGGAGUUGGCUGUUGCUGCUGAGGAGCAAGUGCAGCAACAGCAGCUGCAGCAGCAGCUGCAGCAGCACGUGGUAUUGAGCUCAGAUCGAGAGCAGUAUAAGAAUGACCGAAGGCAGCAGCAGCAGCACCCGCAUCAGCCGAUGCACCAGGGGCUGCAGCAGCAGCUUCAGGCCCCUUAUUCAGUGCCACAGCAGCAGCAGCAGCAACAGCAGAAGCGGGGUUCUGAGUAUGAGGAGAUCCCUGCUGAAGCUGCUGCUCGGAGUGCCAUUUGCGCUGACCGUUUGCCUGGUUUUGCGUCUUUUAGCUGA